GAGAGAGAGAGGAACAGGAAGGUGCUUGUAAACGUCAGCGCGCACACCACUAAGCUACUACUUUUACAACCGGCCAGAAGUGUGUGUUUGUGUUACUUUACCAACACUUUGUCACCACUAUGCCUUUUUCAACCGGCCAGAAGUGUGUAUUCGUGUUACUUUAACAACACUUUGUCCGCCGCUAUGGGCACACACACCACCCUGUGGGCGGUGUGCCGUAAGGUUGAGACGCUGGUCGUGCUGCAGCAGCUGGGCGGCGCGCUGUUCGACACGGCGCUGCAGGUGGUUGUUAAGGAGCGCUCCAACAGCACGGACGGCGGGGUUAACUCCACCUCCACCGUGGACGACCGCCAGAGAGCCAUGUCCGACUUCUUCAUGACCUAUAACCUCCUCGGCAAACUCACCCCCAUUGUGCCGGCGAUCAUCUUGGCGAAGUUAAGCGACCGCGGCUGGAGGAAGGCGCCGAUCAUCGCCCCGCUUCUGGGCUACAUGGCGUCCCGGCUGGUGCUGCUGCUGGUCGUGGUCCUCGGCUGGCCCAUCCAGGUCAUGUGGGUGGGGGUGUCGCUGCACGGGUUCAGUGGCGGGUUCAGCGCAAUCUGGGCCGGGGUGAUGACCGUGGUGUCGCUGGGCUCAACGGAGCAGCGGCGCUCCGGGGUGAUGAUGAGGGUGGAGCUGCUGUACGGGCUGGCCGGGCUGCUGGGCAGCCUGGUGUCCGGACACCUGUUCCAGCUGUACGGCUCCUCCCUGGGCCAGGGAACGGUGCUGGUGGGAGUCAGCCUGCUGCUGUACGGCCUCUGUCUGCUGCACGCCGUCAGUCUGCUGCAGGUGUCCGUAGAUGGCAGCGGACAGGAACAAACCACCCCCCUCAUCCGUAAGAACCGCAGGGAGGAGGAGGAUAAGGGGGGGGAGGAGGAGGGGGAGGAGGAGGGGGAGGAGGCGGCGGCGGGGGGCGAGGCCCGCAGCAACAGGAUAAACAUCGGCCUGCUGUUCGUGGGGGGCGUGCUGUACGACGUGGCGGUCGCAGGCGCCAUGGAGAUCCUGGUCAGCUUCCAGAUGAAGGAACCACUCAACUGGAACGCCAAGCAGGUGGGAUAUGGGAAUGCAUCAGGCUUCCUGAUUUUCCUCACCAGCUUCCUGGGCGUGAUGGUGAUGUCUCGCUUCAUGAUUGACAGCAGCCUCAUCAUCGUGGGCAUGCUUUCCUUCGCCUCCGGGAUCUACUUCAUGGCCUUCGUCACGAAGACAUACCAGUUCUACCUAGCACGCUCUCUCAUGCUGUUCGCUCUGAUCUCCAUGCCCACCAUCCGCUCCAUGCUCUCCCAGCAGGUCACAGGCUCCUCCUACGGCAUCGUCCUCACAAGUUUCCAGCUCUCCUUCAAGGUUGCCAGUUUGGUGUACACCCCCACGUACACCAAGAUAUACCAGCACACGCUGGACUGGCUUCCAGGUUUUGUCUUCCUCCUAUCCAGUUCCAUCAGCGUGCUGGCAACCAUCCCCAUCAGCAUUAUGGGCUGCAGGCUGCCGCUGAAGCCGGCCUAUCGGAGGAUUGAAGCAAGCUGACAUCGCUGGCAGGAGUGUACGCUCAUUGGCUGAAACUACGAAUGGACAGGGACACAUUGGGAACACUGGUGUGUAAUUGGCUGCUGAAGGUGUAGCCGUUGAAGAAGCCAUCCCCAUUGGUUAUGACGUAUGACAUGUCAUGGUGUCAACUUUUCAUUGUGUUCCUUGACGCAAUAUUUAAAUUUCAAGCAAAGUGUACACGUUUGCUUCUUAGUGCAAUUUUACUGAAUAUAAAUAUUCUUAUGGUUUUACUAAUUGAGUCCAUCGUUAUAAAUAUUUGUUAUAAAUAUUGAGUCAUGAUUGUUCAGUAUUAUUGUGUAUUUAAUAUAUUGUUAAUAUAAUAUAUAACUAUUAGAUUAGUCUCUAUAUUAUUCUAAACAUUAAAACAAACAAGACUUAAUUGUAUAUUUAAAAUAAUGUGUCAAAGAUGCAAAGAUUUUUUUACUGGUUCCUAUACUUGUUCAUACGGAAAAAAACAUUUUAAGCUUAUUAAAUGCAUUUUUCUUUAAUUAUAUUAACAUCAUCAUUGGCGCUACGAAAUAUGCUCUGCAAAAGGAGAUGAGGUUGCAAUUAAAGUGGCGUGGGCUGACUUCUUCUAUGAA